AUGUUCUUCACUCUUUUAGCAACAGCAUUUGUUUUAUGCAUGAAGUUUUCAUGCCCUAACCUACCCACAUCAAUCCUCCUUCCUCUACUUCCACCAAUCUUAUACUUGUUUAGCACCAUUUUUGCCAAGUCUUCAGGAAGCAACAACCUCCCUCCUGGACCUACCUCAUACCCAGUGUUUGGCAAUUGGCUCCAAGUUGGCAAUGACCUUAACCACCGUCUUCUAGCAUCAAUGUCAAAAACCUAUGGUCCUGUAUUCCUUUUAAAACUUGGUUCAAAAAACUUAGCUGUUGUAUCCGACACUGAGCUAGCCACCCAAGUCCUACACGCACAAGGUGUCGAAUUCGGGUCUCGCCCACGUAACGUUGUCUUCGACAUCUUCACCGGCAAUGGACAGGACAUGGUGUUCACAGUCUAUGGUGAGCAUUGGAGAAAAAUGCGUAGAAUUAUGACACUGCCGUUUUUCACCAACAAAGUUGUGAACCAAUACAGUACCACAUGGGAGCAAGAAAUGGACCUCGUGGUUCAUGACCUAAAAGAUAACGAGAAAGUUAGGGCAGAAGGGAUUGUUAUCAGGAAACGUUUGCAGCUGAUGCUGUACAAUAUUAUGUACAGAAUGAUGUUCGAUGCAAAAUUUGAGUCCCAAGAGGACCCUUUGUUUAUUCAGGCAACAAGGUUCAACUCUGAGAGGAGUCGAUUGGCUCAGAGUUUUGAGUAUAAUUACGGAGAUUUUAUCCCUUGGCUUAGACCAUUUUUAAGAGGGUAUUUGAACAAGUGCAGGGAUUUGCAGCAAAGGAGGCUAGCUUUCUUCAACAACUAUUUUAUUGAGAAAAGAAGGAAAAUAAUGACUGCAAAUGGAGAGAAGCACAAGAUAAGCUGUGCCAUGGAUCACAUAAUUCAUGCUCAAAUGAAAGGAGAAAUCAGUGAAGAAAAUGUGCUUUACGUUGUGGAGAACAUUAAUGUUGCAGCAAUUGAGACAACAUUAUGGUCUAUGGAGUGGGCAGUAGCUGAGCUGGUCAAUCAUCCGAUCGUUCAGAGGAAGAUCAGAGAUGAAAUCACAGCCGUCCUGAAGGGAAAUCCAGUCACAGAGUCUAACCUGCAUGAACUACCAUACUUGCAAGCCACCAUAAAAGAGACACUGAGGCUACACACCCCAAUUCCCUUGUUAGUGCCCCAUAUGAACCUUGAAGAAGCAAAACUAGGAGGGUUUACCAUUCCUAAAGAGUCAAAGGUGGUAGUCAAUGCGUGGUGGUUAGCUAACAACCCUGAAUGGUGGGAGAAACCGUCGGAGUUCCGGCCAGAGAGGUUCUUGGAAGAAGACCGUGACACCGAAGCUGCUGUAGGCGGAAAGGUAGAUUUUCGUUUCUUGCCAUUUGGUGUGGGCAGGCGUAGCUGCCCAGGGAUCAUACUUGCAAUGCCAAUCCUAGGAAUGGUGGUUGCAAGAUUGGUGUCAAAUUUUGAGAUGAAAGCUCCACCUGGAAUGGAGAAGAUUGAUGUGAACGAAAAAGGAGGGCAGUUCAGCUUGCAUAUUGCAAACCACUCCACGGUUGUUUUCGAACCAAUCAAAGCAUGA